AGCGCUAAUUCCCACGGAGGCCCCUCCCCUCGCUGGGCCCCCUUCCUCGGCGCCCCAAGGGUCCCACCAAAGCCGGCCGCCCUUCCUCUCCCGCGGAUGGUCAGUCUCUCCCACUGUCGAGAGGGAUGGGAGGGCUGGGGCAAGCCACGGGCCAGAGGAGCAGGGCAUCUGGGGGAGACGGGCCGGCUGGGCCACCCACAGAAGGCCGGGAGACACCCAGAGAUGAGGCGCGGGAGGCAUUCCUCUGGCCGUGCCUAGUACAGUGUGUGCCCGGCACAGCCGGCCGGCAGUCCUCUACGACUGGCGGCCGGCAGAGCUAACAAAGGAGGCGUCCACUGAGGCAGUCCCAAGAGCUGGCAGACGGAGCCCUUCCUGGCCCCCCCCCCCCCCCCAGCCCAGCCCUGGCCGUGGCCUUCCUCUGGCCUAGCCCAAUCACUCUGGGCUCCGGUCCACGCGGUGGAGCCGGAGCCGAGCUCUCCAGCCCGCCCCUAAUUCAUGCCAUUCACCAGCACCUCUCCCACACACCGGGCUUCCUCUCCAUUCACUGCUCCUUCCCGGUCCUCGGCCGGCUCCCACUCGCGAUUCGCUCCCCCCUGGCUUGGCAGUGCCUUGGAGCCCUCCCGGCCCUGCCUCUGCCCCGGCCUUUCCUUGGGGGUGCUUCCACCCGGCUACCACAUCCGGAGGUCUCACACACACCGGGCUUCCCACAGGACGCUCUGAAUUCAGGCAGAAAAGGCCUGCUCUCCUCUCCACUCCCUCACCCGUCCCCCUGCUUCUUCCUUCUGGGCCUUAGUUUCCCCUCGGAAGUGGAGCCCCAUCCAGCCCUUUAUUCAAGGCUGGGAAGAAAGAGGAGUCCUUCUGGGGAGGGGGAGGAGGCAGGACCUCCCGGAAAGGCCAGCUCAGGUAGCAGCAGAAAGGAGGAGGAAGAGAAGAGAACCUCUACCCACUUUCUGCUGCCUGGCUGGGGGCCUGAGUCACACAAGGGUGGUAGCUGGAGGGGGUCAGAUGGUCUGCACUGACUCUGGGUCUGUUUCUUCCAUGUGAAAUUGGGGAGGGCUCUGGUAACCCCUUCUGUCCUCCCCCCACUCUUGGGGGCUGAAAGAGCCUUCCUCAGCCUCCUCUGGUCCCCAAGCAGCCUUCUCCCUGGAGGCUGGCCCCCUCCCCCACUGCUUCACUGGGGUCCUGCUGGCCCCGAGGCCCCUCUUAGGCUUUUCUCCUGUCCUUCACCUCCAUGGCAUACUGGGGCCUCCAGGCUCCCCCCAGACACACUGGGUGAGGUCAGGCUGAGGGCUGCAGGCCAGGGACUGUUGGGGCUGCUGGGCCAAGGCUCGUGUACACGUGUGUGCCUGCGUGUGCAGCCGUGUGGGGUGGCCAUGCGCUUGCGUGGGCUGUGUGUGUGUGUAUGUGUGCUCGGGCCCUCCGUUCCCAGGGCCCAGGGAUCUGGAUGGAAUUAGGGGCCUGGCCGGGUGGGGGCCAGGGUGGGGGUGCUCCAGCAGGAAACCUGAGCUGGCUCAUUAGCUCCUCACGUGCUCAGCUGGAUUUAUAAACACAGAGGAGACGGGAUGUAAACAAUCGGCAGCGGCAGCCAGAGGCAGGCUGGGGGAGGGGAGGGGGGCUCCUGGACCACAGCACCCCCAAAGACAGCCGGAGCCCAGAGCCGGCCUCCUCUCCCCAGGGGCGGCCCGCUUCCUGGGGCACACAGGUGUCCGCUGCCCCUCCCACCGUCCCCUCCCAGCCUUGGAGAUGGAGACCAGGCUGGGGGCAGGUGGGGGAGGGCCCAGCCGCCCCCUCCUGCUCUCCCUGCUUUCUCCAUCCUUCAUCCCUCAGCUCCCCCCCCCCCCCAGCGGUGACACAGUUACCUCAGAACUGAAAUAUUCCUGGAAACACCGGCCUCGUCUGGUUAAUCUCAGGAGUGUUUCUGCCCAGAUGAGGAGGUUCUGCUUUAGUCAAAGGCAUCUCCCUGGUGUGGGGGACCCGGGACCCGGGCGAAGGGCUAGAGCCGGGCUGCCCACAGCACCCCGGGGCCCCAUUCCCACCUCCAGCCGAAGCCUGGCCCGGAGAACUCCCAGCAUCCUCCAGGGCCAGGCUCCAAGAUCCUGGGGAGCAGCACCAUCCCUGCCUUGAACGUGGGGGACCCUCCAUCAGGAGUACAGCCUGACGGGGCCAAGUCACUCCUUUAGGACAGCAAGUGUGGGCCCAAUGGCACCCAAGGGGGGUGUCGAGGCAAGAGGGGAGUACCUGGGGGAGGGGGGGAAGGACUGUUUUUUAACUUCCAAACAAGGAAAUGCUGGGAAGGGGCCCUCGAGGGCAUCCCUUUACAAAUAAGGAAACUGAGGACUUCCCCGAGCCCACAAAGCUGGUCCGGGCAGAGCCAGAAUUCCAGGCCCAACUUCUUGUUGCCAAGCCCAGUGCUUUUUCCACUCUCUUGGGCUGUUUCCUAACCUGAGGAGACCUCGGAGGCCCAUUUGGGCAGGUCGGAAUGUCUCUGGGGAUCCCAAGUGAAGGGCUGGCCCAGCGGCCCCAGAGACAGAAGGGGCUGGGUGGCAGCUUUAAGAGGACGGAGCAGCCACAGGGGCAAAGGGGAAGGCGGUGGGCUUGAGUCACCACCCCAGAGGCCCCAACGCCCCCCAGUGACAGCCGAGAUAGGGUUCCUCCUCCGGGGAUGGAGGCUGGGAGGAGAGGCCCAAGCCGCCCAGCUCAUCACAGGGCAAAGCUGGGUAUGGGCUGGCAUUCCCAACAGGCAGGGGAGGCAAGCCGGGCACGGACUUCUCGAAAGGGAGGCAGCUGAAGCCGAGAGAGGAGAAGGUACUUGGCCAAGGUCUCCUCGUCUGAAGGCGCAGGUCCCCCAGCAAGCCCGCCCAGCAUCCCGAGCCUCUGAGGCAGCUUGUGCAAAGCUGACCCUGGCCCAGGCCCAGCACAAGCCCCGCCAGACCACGGACUCGGAGCCACUUUCGAACCCUUCAAGGGAGCCCCGCCGGACCCUCUCUGGACCGUGACCCAACGGCCAGCUUUCAUGCCACUCCCACCCCCGAGCCAAGCAGCCCCGAUCUGCCCCGCACGCACGAGGCCGCCCCAUCUUGGGCUUCUCGCGUGACUCGGCCCAGCUCACACAGGCUCGUCAGUCCCGGAGCCGCGCGUGCGGUUCAACGGCCUUUGGGCUCCCGCCUGGCUCUGGGCCCCUGAUGGGCGGCUGGGUGGGUCCUGGGUUCAAGGCCACCGAGCCGAGGUGGCACGCUUCUGGCACGCGUGCCGGCGUGGAGCCACCAAACAGGCCAGGCCCAAGGCAGGAGUGGAAUCACCUCCGGCCACAUCCCGCCUCAGCCCCCUCCCUGCCCUCCCCACGGGAGGGACCCCAGCAGGCGCGCACGCACGCCCACGGCCUGUCCCUCCCGGCUCCCCUCCCAGCCAGGGGCGGGCAGGGACACGGAGGGCCCCGGCGGCCCCUCAGGCCCCUCUGUGGUCUCUCGCCUCCAGGGGACUCGUGGGGGAUGCUGGCUUGUCUGUGCACUGUGCUGUGGCACCUCCCUGCCGUUCCGGCCCUGAACCGCACGGGGGACCCGGGGCCCGGCCCCUCCAUCCAGAAGACCUACGACCUCACCCGCUACCUGGAGCACCAGCUGCGCAGCCUGGCGGGCACCUACCUGAACUACCUGGGCCCCCCCUUCAACGAGCCGGACUUCAACCCGCCCAGGCUGAGCGCCGAGGCCCUGCCCAGCGCCACCGUGAACUUUGACGUGUGGCGAAGCCUCAACGACCGCCUGCGGCUGGCCCAGAACUACCAGGCCUACAGCCACCUGCUCUGCUACCUGCAGGGCCUGGACCGCCACGCCGCCACGGCCGAGCUGCGCCGCAGCCUGGCCCACUUCUGCACCAGCCUGCAGGGCCUGCUGGGCAGCAUCGCCGGCGUCAUGGCCGCCCUGGGCUACCCGCUGCCCCCCCAGGGGGCCGAGCCUGCCUGGGCCCCCGGCCCCCCCCACAGCGACUUCCUCCAGAAGAUGGACGACUUCUGGCUGCUGAAGGAGCUGCAGACCUGGCUGUGGCGCUCAGCCAAGGACUUCAACCGGCUGAAGAAGAAGAUGCAGCCCAGAGCGGCCGCGGCGGUCACUUUGCGCCUGGAGGCCCCCGCUGCUGACCUCUGACCUCUCUUCUGCCCCUGCCUUGCAAUAAGCUUCCCAGCCUCCUGGGGGGCCCGGGGGCUUCCGAGCCCCCCCCACAGCCUUCUGGGGAGCGGACGGCCCCGGGCUCCGGCCUCCGGAGCAUCGGUCACUUCUGGGGCGCCCACAGCAAAAGUGCCUUCCGGGGCAGCCGCCCCCCGUCCCUUUGCCUUAAGCCAGCCCACACUCCCCCCUGGGGCAGGGCCGGGAGGUGGGCGCCGGGGACCCCUCCCCGCAGACGUGCCCAUGACUUGGCCUCACACUUCUCCUUCGCGUCCUGCUGGCUCCCCCGCCCGGCCCAGCGGGGCGGCCACAGUCACAGAGUUUCCUAAAAGUUUACAUUGUUGAGGACGGUAGCAUUCGGGGGCGAGGAGAGGGCAGCACCCCUCGGCCCCCCACUCACAACUCUCAGUUUGUUUGUAUUAAUAUUUAUUUAUUUGGAGAUGUUAUUUAUUAGAUGGUAUUUAUUGCAGAAUUUCUAUUCUUGUAUUAACAAAUAAAAUGCUUUCCCCAGA